AUGCUUGAUUUACUUUCUUUGGUCCUAGUGGUCGCUGUUAAAGUAUUUAAGAAAACUACCCCAAAUGGCAAGGUUACUGUUUACCUCGGCAAACGCGACUUCAUUGAUCAUGUGGAGCACUGCGAUCCCAUCGACGGAGUUGUGGUUGUUGACACGGAAUAUCUGAAAGGGCGAAAGGUUUACAGCCAGCUCGUCACUACCUACCGCUUCGGUAGGGAAGAAGAUGAAGUCAUGGGAGUGAAGUUCUCCAAGGAGAUGGUUAUCGGCCAGGAACAAGUAGUCCCCAUGAUCAACUCUAAGAUGGAAUUAACACCUGUACAGGAGAAACUGCUGAAGAAACUGGGACCUAAUGCCUUCCCAUUCACCUUUACCUUCCCUGAAAUGUCACCAAGCUCGGUUACACUACAACCAUCUGAGGAAGAUCAGGGCAAGCCUAUGGGCGUGGAAUACUGUGUCCGUACCUACGUGGCCGAAAGUGAAGACCAAAAGAGCCACAAGAGGAGCUCUGUGACUCUUGCUAUUAAGAAGCUGCAACAUGCCCCAGCGUCUCGUGGUCGCCGCCUUCCUAGCUCCCUCGUGAGCAAGGGCUUCACUUUCAGCAAUGGAAAGAUCAGCCUUGAGGUCACCCUGGACAAGGAAAUCUAUUACCACGGCGAAAAGAUCGCUGCCAACCUGAUCGUCUCGAACAACUCCCGCAAAUCGGUGCGCAACAUCCGCUGCAUGGUCGUUCAGCAUGUUGAAAUCACAAUGAUCAACUCGCAGUUCAGCCGCCAUGUCGCCUCUCUGGAGAGCCGUGAGGGCUGCCCAGUCACACCCGGAGCUAGCCUGUCGAAGACUUUCUACCUUGUGCCACUGGCUCGCAGCAACAAGGACAUCCGUGGUGUGGCUCUGGACGGACACCUGAAGGAGGACGACGUGAACCUGGCCAGCUCCACCCUUGUCUGCGAAGGCAAAUGCCCUGCCGACGCUAUUGGUAUUGUCGUGUCCUACUCCGUCCGCGUCAAGCUGAACUGCGGAACCCUUGGCGGUGAACUCGUCACCGAUGUGCCCUUCAAGCUGUUGCACCCCGCCGAUGGAACUGUUGAGCGCCAGCGAUUCAACGCUAUGAAGAAGAUGCAGUCCAUCGAGAGACACCGCUACGAGAACUCGCUUUAUGCCAACGAGGAGGAAGACAACAUUGUUUUCGAGGACUUCGCCCGCCUCAGGAUGAACGAGCCUGAA